AUGCCGUCUACAAAUGUCUCCCACCGCCGCACGCAUAAUCUUUUGCUCAUGUCGAAACUACUUAGCUUGCGCGAUUUCACAUCUCCUUUAACACUUGUUUUAGAUUUUCUAGAACAGCCCGCCUCUCCCUUAAUUCGAGAAUAUAUCAGAAGGGCAAAGCUAUCGAAAGUCCAUGUUAUAUUUGUAUCCUUCUCCACCCUAAUCCACCCGGAUGGCGUCGACACAUUUAUCCCAACUCGACGAAAAAGCAUGGCAGAUAUUGUGAAAGAGGUGCUCGUAAAAUCAUCACCAUCACCAAAUAACCCCACCGCAAGAAGAUCUCUUAUAAUUAUCGAUUCAAUCAAUUCAAUGAUAUCCCGAAAACGCGACGGGACGCAACAGCUGAACUUGGCAGUAUAUCUGAGCUCUCUACUCGGACCUCCACCUGCCAGCCCACAGAGCAAUUCGUAUACGUCACUGAUUGCCGUAUACCACCAAGAUAUCCCCACACGUCCACAGAAUCAGACAUCUUACGCACCCUCACCGCUAUCUCUAUUAACAUAUCUCGCCACCACGGUGCUCAGCGUGCAUUCCAUGAGCCACAUCCUCGCUGAAAAGGCUGCGAGGGACAGGAGCUUAAUGGCUCCAUCCUUUGGUCUCGCGGAGGAGGCGGACGGUAUCAUCAUUGGCAGCGUCGACCAUGGCAAGGGCGCAGACGAUGAUCGAAAUGGCCUCGUUAUUGAAAUGGAGCAUCGACGUAAAAGCGGUAAGGGGGUUGUGGAAUGGUAUUAUCUCCCACCGGAGUCCAAGGUCCAUCGCCAGCAGGGUAAGGAGAUUGUGAUGCUGCUGGACGAUCAUCCCCUGUAUCGACGGAAGGAGGAUCAGGAGGUUGUUGCGACAGAGGGCUGGGAGCCGGAGUCGACCUUUGAGUUGGGACUCACUGAAAGGCAAAAGAGGGAGAGGGAAGGUGUUGUGCUACCUUAUUUCGAUGCGCAGAAAGGAGAGGGACCCGGUGAGGGAGGGAGAAUUCUUUAUUACAUGGGUAAAGAUGAUGAUUUUGAUGAGGAGGAGGAUGAGAUUUGA